ACUCCGGAACAAAAACCUUGUUACAGUGCGCGGAUCGGUGUUAUCAGCGAAUUUCAAUAAACAGAAUAUGGACUUUUUAAAAAGUUAUGAGCAUUACGUUAAUUGAGGACAUGCCUAUACUUAAUAAGGGAAAUGUGGAGUAGGCUUGUCCGGAAAGUGUAUCCACCACUAUUGUGUAGUCGUACUGAAAGUGAGGUUUAUAACACGUUAUAAGAUACAGUACUUCCGGGUGUUCCUCAGACGCGAUGGGAAGCAGAAAACAGAUAAUGUGGACUUUACUUCUGUUCGUUUUUACGCAAGCAAUCCUCGUCAGCGGAACAUGUACCGCAGCUUUGAAUGCCUUCAACCCGUAUCCAGAAGGUACCAUGGUUAAUUUAAUAUGUACCAUUUCUCAAUGUGUUAACUACACUGGGACUUACCCUCAUACUGUCACGUGGGUGAAGAGUGGCAUCAAAAUAACCAGAGGUGUUACUACUAAAGCAUCUUCUACCACUACUCGGAGUACCCUGGCUUUCACCGCGAAUAGGAACGAUCAAGGAGGCUUAGUAGAAUGCCAAUCUUCUGCUGCAAAAACAGUCUCAAACAGGCUAAAUAUCACAUAUAAGCCUACCAUCGACUUAUCACCAGCGAUUUCCCCAUAUACAGUUAGCGAACGAGCCUCCGUAAGGUUAAAUUGUAUUGGUAGAAGUAACCCGCCACCGUUGUUCUACGUUUGGACUAAGAGCCAGGGAUUUAUAGUGUCAUCUACCUCAUCGUUCAAGUUUCGGGCAAAUAGAGAAGAUACCGGUGUCUUUAAGUGUACUGUUGGUAAUGAUUUAGGAAAUACUAGUGCUGAAAUUCAGCUCAUAGUAAAUUAUGGUCCGGGUUCCGUAUCUUUGUCGCCCAAGAAUCUCCAUUAUGAACCUAUAGAAGGCCUUGAUGAGAUGCCCAAUAUCAGUUGUAGUGCCGAUUGCAAACCGAACUGUACUUACAAAUGGAACAAUAGUCUGCCGGUUUUAAUGUUGGGAAUUGCUAACAGGCAGUAUACAGGCGGCUAUACAUGUUCUGCCGAAAAUGUUAUAGGCAGAGCUGUCAAGUCCAUCAGUAUUACAGUCAAAUACCACCCUGAUAUAUUUGCCACCACAAGACAAAUUGAGGAGGGGAAGGAAGCAUGGUUAAGAUGUAGAGUUAACGGAGUUCCCGCCAAUUACACCUUUUAUGAAUGGUACCAAGAAAUCAAAGGAGAAAGGAUUCAGACAGGAAACAUCAGCAGCAAUGGAAUCAUGCAUAUACCUCGUCUGUCUUACAUGCAUAAUGGUUUAUAUUAUUGUUCCGUGUCCAAUGGUGUGUGGAACCGCGAAAGAGAGACUAUCAUCACCGGUAAAAUGACGACCCUUAGGGUCAACGGCCCACCCCACGAUCUCAAAGCCCUCUAUACCAAGACGGGAGACGUGGGUGCGGGAAUCACGUUCCUUGUGGAUUUCGUUCAGUUUUCAAGCGGACAAAUAACUGUCAUGUUGUACAACAUGACUUCGGGAGAGUUGGUUACACCAGACCGGGGCAACAUCACUUUGGAAGUAACCGAUUUUCACACGAAGUUCUUCUCAACCGACGUCACAAUAGAAGCUCAUCGUAUCAAGGCGACAAUAGCGGAAGUGACGUCUUGGGAUUUCGGCUACUACAUCGUACAUUUGGAGAGUUCAGAGCAGAAAAGGGUGUUUCAUCUCAGAAUUGACCGGGUUUCCGUUUCUACAACUGGAAAGGCAAAUGGAUGGAUGGUGUCGACUGUAAUUCUGCUGGUGGUGAUGGUGGUUCUCUUCCUUAUCGGGGGUGCGUGGAUCUUAAGACGAGACGGGCUGCCAAAAUGUUUACAAAAAGAAAAAGAAAAACCAAGUGACACAGGGGACAAUGAUGUUGAAAACUACAGUGAUACUCAGACGAUUGAUGGGAUGUCUUAUGACCCAAGUGUGUACACACCUCUUCAAAUAAGGCAGCCGGUGGCACCCGAAAAUCCCUAUGGAAACCUUCAAAACCAACCGGACCAGACCUACGAAUUUUUAAAAGCAAAAACCAUUGAUGAGCAAGCAACAGAUACGGGUGCAGACUUUCAAAGUUCGCAAACAGGACUAGAAGCAGCCUCUACCGCAGCGGAAGCUUCUUGUCUCUACCAAAAUGUAAAUAUUGCAAAGGGGAGCAUUCACAAUGCAUAUAACAAAGAAAAACGAAAGCCACCAAAACCUGCGCCAAAACCUGCUCCAAAACCUGCGCCAAAAGAGCCACGAUCAGGAAAGCCGAAGAAGCGCAGAAAGAAAGAAGUUCAUACAAAUGGGGCUUUUUCAGAAACCAAAGAAAUAUGACGGAGUUUAGGAUGGAAUGUUAUGUUUCAUAGCAUGUGACAGAAAAAAAUCCCGAAAAGUUACAUGAUUUAAAUAAUAAUAAACUGAGAAGACACGAGCUGUUAAUGACACAGCGACUGUUGACUGCCACAAUUACAGAAUACGAUGGAGAUAUAUCUCAGCUAACGGAAAGUGAAGAUUUCAAUUAUCCCUGUAUCAUGAAAGGAUGUGUGACUCCACAAUGGAGAUCUUAUUAUCCAGACCUAGUCGAGGAAAUGUUGUAGUCAUAACGACCGAAAGUGAAUCUGUCUGUUACAUAAAAUGGAAUAUCAUAUGUGGAAUAUAUGGAAUUGUGAUUGUUUCGAAGACUCAGUAUUAUAUUGAUGACUUGUAUCGUCCCUGAAAUUGAAUAUUUUGCUGACAUCGUCUGGAUUAGGAAUUCGAAUGUCUGAAUGCCUUAUGACUUGAGUUCUCAGUUACUCUAUGUUGUCAAUAUACUCAAAGAUAGUGUGAAUGUGUAAGUGGGCUUGUCUAGUAAGGAAACUUGAAUGACUUAGUAUGUCCAUUCCAGAGUUUGGAAUUGUCAUAAUGACACAAAUGCCCCGUCGUCUAGGUAACCGAAGAUGAGAUUAUGUUAACCUUUUUCGAAAGACAUGCUGAAUAUAAAUAGACAAAUAAGGUAUUUUGAUAAUUAAACAUAUUUUGUUUUUGUAAUACCGUUGAUGUUUUCAAAAGAAAUUAUGAAGUAUCACAAUUUUGAUUAUUUUCUUUCCACUGGGCACCUGUCACUGCAUUGGUCAAGUCCAGGAUUAACAUGUUCUGUCCCUGUCUUAUGUCUCGUGUAUAUGUUGCAUGUUAUUGAUCAUUUAUGAUUUAUUUUAUUACCCUUUAAAACAGCUCAAUAUCAACAAUGAUAAAUAAGAUAAAAACAUGUGGUAUUUUAGAUGUUUUAUAAGCAUGGGUCAAUAUUAUUAUACCAUAUGUAUAUAAUGCCUUUCAAAACAAAAUUAAAAAUUAUUAAAAAUGAAAUGUAUUUCAUACGUUUAUGCCAAGCUGUUACCACAUUGUGUUUCCAGGGAGUUUUUCAGUAAUUUCAAAAACUGGUGAGCAAUACAUUUAAUUACAACAUUUUUUAAAACAAAUCAUUUCAGCUUUGACAUGAUGUCCAACAAAUAUCGUCUACAAACUCAGUUAAAAACACUACAUGAAUAUGAAAAAUAAUAUAUGAUAUAUAUAUUCAUUGUCAACGUACAUUUAGUGGUCAUCUUUUUAUAGCGCUUAAUGUAUUGCUAAGAUAGAAUCGCUCUAAUACAAGUUUUGUAUGUUGUAUGAAAUUGUUUUGUAUGCGGGAAUUCAUCAUUGCGCUUAUUUGUUCAAAAUUGAUAUUGCAAUAAAAUGUAUUGUGCCAGAAGAAGUAAAUUUACGGAAUACGUGUAUUAUAAACAGAUAAUAAUCAUUAUCUCCCCUUUAAUCAAUAGGCGUUAUUCUAGAUUUGACAAUGUAAUUAAUAAUUACGGUUCAAAUAUUCGUUUUCAUGUAAAAAUAUCACUUA